AUGGGUGACUUUGAGGUUGAGCAAGCAUCAAUUACAUGCAUGAAUGUUGGAAAUGCUACACCAACACUUGAACCCCAUCAAUCAAUAUCUCCAAUUCAAGGAAAGCGAUCUCUUAUUUGGCAGAAUUUUGAGAUUAAUGGUGAACAUGCUGCAUGCAAGUUUUGCAAAAGAUUAAUCCAGAAACAUAGUGAGCAUGAUGUGUUAAAGCAAUAUGUUUGUAAUACGUUUAAGGCCUUAUCAAGUAAAGUGUCCUUGACUUGUGAUGUAUGGACAACUUGUACUACUCGUGGUUAUUUGUCUCUUACGGCCCAUUUUGUGGAUGAUCUGGAAAUUACGGUUAAGGUGCUGAACUUUAGACAUAUUCCACCUCCCCAUAAUGGUCAUGAAAUUUAUAAUCUGGUUUUUCGUUUGAUCAAAGAUUGGGGUAUUGAAAGAAAAAUUUGUAGUAUGACUAUUGACAAUGCAAGUAAUACGGAUUCUAUGGUUGGGAAACUCCAAAUUGAAUUGGAUGCAAUGGCUAAAUUACCUCUUGACGUUCGGGAGAAUGUGAAGUAUGUUGAUUCUUCUGAAGCUAGACUUAUAAGGUUUGAGCGGUGUGUUUCUAGCUGUAAUUUAGCUACAGGUGUAAAGCUAUGGAUGGAUGUUCCUACUAGAUGGAAUUUUACUUUCUUAAUGCUUCGUCGAGCUCUUGAUCUUUUACUGGCGUUGAAAAUGUUCGGUAGGAUAGAGAGCAAUUAUCACUUGGCGCUUACUGCUCAUGAAUGGGAAAUAGAAGAAAAAAUGUGUGAUUUUCUUGAACCCUUUUAUGACAUUACUAAUUUGUUUUCCGGUUCUGAAUAUCCCACCUCCAAUCUUUAUGUUGCCAACAUUUGUAGAAUUGAGUCACUAUUAGUGGCUGCUUCUAAAGGGGAUGAUCCAAAACUCAAAGAAAAUGGCAGAUCUUAUGCGUUGCAAGAUUUGUAUGAAGCUCACAUGGUUGAAACAAAAGUCCAGGAGGUGUAUUAUGAAUUCGUUCAACUGUUUAACCAUUACAAGGAUCCUCUUCCUACUUAUUCUUCCCAAGGUAGUUCAAAUUCAGAUGCAUAUCGUCCACGCAAGACUAGUAGAGUUUAUGCGAAUUUUGUUGCUGAUGUUGCUAGUGGUGACAUGGGUAAAUCUGAAUUAGAAUUAUACUUAGAAUUGCCUUUAAAACCUUGUAAUGUUGAUGAGGAAUUCGAUAUUUUGGCUGUUGGAAGGAGCAAUCAACAACUUUCCCAAUUUUUAGAUGACAAAGAACUCGAGUGUGCACAUUUGUUCGUGUUACGAAACACCGGCAUUCUUGGUGAAUACGAAAGGAAGUUUGAGGACUACAUUCUUAGUACUCGACCUUUCCUGCGUAGAGAAGAAGUCAUGGAGAACUUCGAAGCUGAAUUCUCUAAUUGGUUUCAUCACAAGGAACCGUGA